GAUGCAGAAUGAUCCCCAGGGUGGUGCUCAUCUACUGAUACUCUAGAGCAGAGGGGCAGCCUUAGCCAGAGGACAAACAUGCCAAGGUACACAGUACAUGUCCGAGGGGAAUGGCUUGCUGUGCCCUGCCAAAAUAGUACAAACACAGUGAGAUGGCUAGGAAAAGAAGCUGUGAGACGUUACAUGAAAAAUAAACCUGAUAAUGGAGGAUUUGAUUCUGUGGAAGAAGUAAAAUUCUAUGUUCGCCGUUGCAAAGGUCUUGGAUUACUGGAUCAUGAUGAUACGUUGGAAGUUGCCCUAGAGGACAAUGAAUUUGUGGAAGUUGUAAUAGAAGGAGAUGUGAUGUCUCCAGAUUUCAUUCCAUCACAGCCAGAAGGUGUUUAUUUAUAUAGCAAAUAUCGAGAACCUGAGCAGUACAUUUAUUUGGAUGGGAACAGUUUGACAACAAAGGAUUUGGUCAAUUUAGGAAAGGGACUCUAUAAGAUCAAGCUUACCCCAGAAGCUGAAGCUAAAGUCAGAGCAUCAAGAGAAGUUAUUGAAAGUAUUGUAAAUGAACGGAGAGUUGUAUAUGGAAUCACUACAGGUUUUGGGAAGUUUGCACGAACUGUCAUUCCAAACAGUAAGCUACAGGAGCUUCAGGUGAAUUUAGUCCGAUCACAUUCUGCAGGUGUUGGGAAGCCUUUGAUUCCAGAGAGAUCUCGUAUGCUUUUAGCUCUAAGAAUCAACGUCCUAGCCAAAGGAUACAGUGGGAUUUCAUUAGAAACCCUUCACCAAGUCAUCGAAGCAUUUAAUGCAUCUUGCCUACCCUACAUUCCUGAGCAAGGGACUGUUGGAGCCAGUGGAGAUUUAGCACCUCUCUCCCAUCUUGCUCUUGGACUCACAGGAGAAGGGAAGAUGUGGUCUCCAAAGAGUGGAUGGGCUGAUGCAAAAUAUGUACUACAAGCUCAUGGACUGAAGCCAAUUACUCUGAAGCCAAAAGAGGGCCUUGCUCUUAUCAAUGGAACACAAAUGAUUACCUCUCUAGGAUGUGAAGCGGUUGAAAGGGCCAGUGCGAUUGCUAGGCAAGCUGACAUAGUGGCUGCCCUCACACUUGAGGUUCUGAAGGGCACAACAAGAGCCUUUGACACAGAUAUUCAUGCACUGAGGCCACAUCGUGGACAGAUUGAAGUGGCUUUUCGGUUCAGGUCGUUGUUAGACUCUGAUCAUCAUCCCUCUGAAAUAGCAGAAUCCCAUAGGUUUUGUGAUAGAGUACAGGAUGCAUACACAUUGCGUUGCUGCCCUCAGGUUCAUGGUGUUGUGAAUGACACUAUAGCAUUUGUCAAGGACAUAAUCACCACAGAAAUUAAUAGUGCAACAGACAAUCCUAUGGUUUUUGAUGAGAGGAAAGAGACCAUUUCUGGUGGAAAUUUUCACGGCGAGUACCCUGCUAAGGCUUUGGACUAUCUUGCAAUUGGUGUCCAUGAACUUGCAGCGAUUAGUGAACGGCGAAUUGAACGGCUCUGCAACCCAUCCCUCAGUGAGUUACCUGCAUUUUUAGUCACGGAAGGAGGUCUGAAUUCUGGUUUCAUGAUUGCGCACUGCACAGCAGCAUCCCUGGUUUCUGAGAAUAAAGCCUUGUGCCACCCUUCUUCUGUGGAUUCUCUUUCAACCAGUGCUGCAACAGAGGACCAUGUAUCCAUGGGAGGAUGGGCAGCAAGAAAAGCACUCAAAGUCAUUGAGCAUGUGGAACAAGUUUUGGCUGUAGAACUCCUUGCAGCAUGCCAGGGCAUUGAGUUUCUACGCCCCCUAAGAACUACAACCCCAUUGGAGAAAGUCUAUGACCUUGUGCGCUCUGUUGUCAGGCCAUGGAUGAAAGACCGCUUCAUGGCCCCAGACAUUGAGGCAACUCACAGGCUGCUUGUGGAUCAGAAGGUUUGGGACGUAGCUGAACCAUACAUUGAAAAAUACAGAAGGGAGCACAUUCCAGAGUCCAGACCAAUUUCCCCCACUGCUUUUUCCUUAGCAGCAAGCAAAAACACUUCACACCAAUGCCACAGCGAUUCGGAAGAAUAUGAUGAACAAUGAAAACAGUUGUAAAUGGACUUCAGUACUUCAGUUGUUGAAUAAUCUUACUUUUUAAAAUGUAUUUUGUGCUUUAUUCCAAAGGCAUAAACAACAACAAAGUCCAAAGCCAGAAAUAUUGUAUCCAUUGUGAAAGUUCUGGGGCAUUUUCAAUAGUUCAGAGUACUUUGACUUUGGACUAAAAAAAGAUCAAUAUGUAUAUUUACCUACAGCAUCAAAUGAACAGGGUGGGUAGAUAUGGAAGGCCUGUGUAGAUAUAACUUGUUUUGUGACUGUAAGGUUGACCACAAUAAUAUCAAACUAGAAUUAAAAUUAGCAAAAACAUUUUAUAAAAAUAAGAAAACUAAUCUUACAA